AGCGCUCCCAGGGGUUUUUAGCCCCGCCCCUGAUCCCUUCCCUGCCCUGUUGCUGCUGCGUUGCCGCUGGCUGCUUCCCCUGAACCCUGCCAUGGAAGAUACAUUAGAAGAUCCUCCCACAUCAGCUGUCAUGUUGGAUCAUUGUAAUUUCUCCCAGGUCGUCUUUAACAGUGUGGAGAAGUUCUAUGUCCCGGGAGGGGACAUCACAUGCUAUUACACCCUCACCCAGAAUUUCAUUCCCCGACAAAAGGACUGGAUUGGCAUCUUUAGAGUGGGAUGGAAGACAACCCGGGAGUACUACACCUUCAUGUGGGUUACUAUGCCCACUGACCUAAACAGUGAAUCAGUCAAACAGCAGGAAGUCCAAUUCAAAGCUUAUUACCUGCCAAAGGAUGAUGAGUAUUACCAGUUCUGUUAUGUGGAUCAGGAUGGUGUGGUCUGGGGAGCAAGUAUCCCUUUCCAGUUCCGUCCAGAAAAUGAGGAGGACAUCCUGGUUGUUACCACCCAGGGAGAGGUAGAAGAGAUUGAACAACACAACAAGGACCUUUGCAAAGAAAACCAGGAGCUGAAGGACAACUGUGUCAGCCUCCAGAAGCAGAACGCAGACAUGCAGGCUGAGCUCCAAAAGAAGCAGGAGGAGCUAGAAACCUUAAAGGGCAUCAAUAAGAAGUUGGAAGAGAAAGUUAAAGAGCAGAAGGAUUCUUGGGAGACAGAGCUGCUUCAACUGAAAGAACAAAACCAGAAGAUGUCCUCCGAAAAUGAGAAGAUGGGAGUCAGAGUGGAUCAGCUUCAGGUCAAGCUGUCAACGCAAGAGAAAGAAAUGGAGAAGCUUCUUCAGGGAGAUCAAGAUAGGACAGAGCAGUUGAAGCAGCUGAAAAAGGAAAAUGACCGGCUCUUUCUCAGUUUAGCUGAACAGAAAGAGCACCAGAAGAAGCUGGAGCAGACGGUGGAGGAGAUGAAUCUGAAAGAAACUACAGCAAUGAAGAAGCAUCAGGAGUUAACGGGGCCUAAGAACAAGAAAACAGCAGUGGAGGCGCAGUUAGUACAAGAGGUGGAACGCCUAAAGGCAAAAGUAGAGGCCGGGAAAGCAUGUUUCUUAGAGAAGUACAAAGAGUGUCAACGACUCCACAAACAGAUCAGGCAACUCAGGGCCGCUGCACUGGACCAGAACUUUGACCUGUCAAAAAGACUGAGUGAGAACAAGAUUAUAUGUAAUGUUCUACAGAGUGAGAAAGAGAGGCUGGAAAGAGAAAAUGAUUUUUUGAAGAGGGAGAACACCAGGUUGCUGAGUUACAUGGGUCUGGAUGUUGACUCUUUACCUUAUCAAGUGCCUACUUCAGGUGAAGGCGGUGCAGGACAGGACCCGGGACUUGUCUAUGAAAACCCAUAUUCUGGUAUCCAAGAAAGUUCUGCCCCCAGCCUGCUCUCCAAGAAAUGCCCCACCUGCAGAUCAGAUUCUGCUGAUAUUUUUGAUCACGCCUUUGAUCAUACUUUGGAGCAGCAGCACAUGCAGACCCACUGUCUGGCUUGUCCAAUUUGUGACCAGAUCUUCCCAGCAAAAGAGAAGCAAAUCUUUGACGAUCAUGUGUUCUGCCACUCUGUAUAAGUGCCCCAAUCUCUUGGAUAUAUACUGUGCACAGAUUUUAUAGAGUUGAGCCUUAUAGCUUCUACUCUGAGUUAUGACCUGAGAUCUUGUGUAUUCUCAGAUUAAUAGGGAUAUACUCAGUCUUGCUGUCCUAAAGGUGGAGUCAUGUUGAUUAUCUAAAGGAUAGUGUUAUGGGCCGUUGCUUUCGUUCUUAUGGGUUACUGCCUUUUAAAUCCCAUAACUCGGUGUCAGCCUCUCACCUAUGGUAUCCAUUCUGCCAAGGGUCUUCAGUACAAGAGGGCCUUGGGAUGGAAGUGAUCUGGCUGUUCACAAUAGGUCUGACUCAAGUAUUAAGUGAUUAGUUGUCCAAGUUGUCCCCAUCACUCAUGGUCAGGCCUCCAAUGUGUUGUACUUAGUCCUCAGUCCUAACCCUGGGGCUAGAAAUGCACCAGAGAUUGAGAAGUUCUUCCUCUUUCUCCAACUAAGUGCUUUAGACUAGCAAAAAGUGACACAACAGAGAAUGCAGGCAUCCAGUUUGGAUCUUACAGGGUUCUUGAUUUCUCAACUCCCAGCAGAAACAUCUUAUUUCUGAACUAUGGACAGGAAAUAUUAUUUAAAUCACAGAAAACCUUUCUCUCUGGAUACCCCUGAUUGGCAUUUUCAACCGUUCGAUAGUUUCUAUGCACAUAAUUCUAUUGUCCUUUCUUAAUGGUUAGUAGGAGUUGUUAGAAACUGUGGGUUUACAACUUUCUAAGCAGGUGAGUUUGAAGACGAAUAAGUCAGAAUAAUAAGUACUACUGUUAAUCUCUCUACUACUAAAAAAUAAACUAGUCCUCAUUUCAGGGACUUUGGUAAUUUAAAAUAAACC